AUGGUUGUCAAGCGAAUCCUGCCUUUGCCGCGCCCGGCCGGCUUAGCGCCGCCCACGGAGGUGCCGUUAGAUGGUCAAGACCUAGCCAUGCCAAAAAUGGUGAUGCACUGCAUCUGGUUCUUCUUAGCUUCUUCGCAGCCUUCACUGGAAUCCACAAGCCUACAAGAGCUCGAGCAAGCUUUUACACUGGGUAUGCAGCUCUUUCUGGCCCGCUUUCCCGCCGCUGGAGCUCGAACAAGGCACGACAAAGAUACGGCAAGGUGGUAUUUGGAGUACAACGAUCAAGGCGCCGACCUCGAAGUCAUUCAGCUCGACAGACCGCUCCAAGAUGACUGGAAAGCUCUCGACGGAAAAUGUGACUCUGUGUUCGCACCUCGGCCAGUGAUGAUCUUCGAUGAUGACGCUUCUAUCUUUUCUAUCAAGGUAACGCGUCUCUCGUGCGGCUCGGUCGCUAUCAGCACGAGCACGCACCACUGGCUGGUUGACUUUGUUGGAUACAUCGACUUGAUGGAGGAGCUCUCUCACUGCGUUUCUAUCUUCCUCAAUGAUCCUAAUGCUCAGAUCAACAUCGAUGAAGGCGCAACCAAGUUUGAUUGGUCGCGAGAUUUGCUCGCGUAUUCCAAGCAACUUGAGCCUGAAUCCAUCCCGAGUGCGACUUGGUUUACGGAACGCGGUUCUCCUCCUCAGAUGACGCGAGCUCCAUCUUCUUGUCAUUACGCUUCUCUCCUCUUUACACAGGAGUCACUCGAAAAGCUAAAGCGUUCGCUUGCUGAGUGGGCCCUCGAGACGGCCCCCACCACAGCUACGGACCGGAUCGUCCCUUCGAAGGACAACUGGAUCGCUACCAACGAUGCCCUCCAUGCCCUGUUGUGGGCUGCCAUCACAGACGCACGAGGUCUCGAUCUAAAUGCUACUACUCAGCUGCACACACCUCUCGAUGGCCGACGUCUUCUCUCAAGCCUUUCGUCAGCUGACAGCCAGAGUCGAGGCAAGUACAUCGGCAACGUCCAUCCUGGUCAUGUCUUUCCCCUCCCUUCGUCCGUUGUUAGCGCCAAAGACCGUAGCGGCCUCUUCAAUCUCGCCUGGCUUAUCCGUACACAGUAUCUCAACGUCACCCCAGGCCAAAUGAGUGCCAUCAUACGGCACCACAACUACACCGACGCCGAGACAUUUGGGCCUGGACGACUUCCGAAGUGUACGAGCAUGUUUGGUAACGACGUUACCAUCAGCAAUGUUGCACGCAUUCCUGUUCGCCAGCGUCUAGAUUUUGGCGAGAAGCUCGGCAAGCCUUAUACGCUUACUGUGGUGGGUAUGGUGCCUGUCACACUCAACGGCCUGACGCUUGACUCGGCCGAUGGCACUUGCUUCAUUAUACAGGCUCCUGCAGAGUGGACCUCGAAGGAAGCGGUCUUACAGCAUCAACCGAGGUCCGGAGAUAAUCAAGCACCAGGUGGUAUGUUGGUGUACGUGGGGAUGCGCAGUGAAGAGAUGGACAAGCUGCUCCAGAACUCCCUGCUUCAAGAAUUUGCCCUAGUGUUGUAA